AUGACUGCAUGUGAUCCCCUGAUGUGCACAGUUUUGCAGUUGUUUGAGGCCCCUUUUGCACCUCAAGCAUUUAUGAGAUGGAAGUCUUGUCUAUUAGAGCACCACAAAAUUCACACAGGUGAGAAACCACACACAUGUACUGAGUGCGGCAAAUGUUUUACACGAAUGGAUCAUCUGAAAAGUCAUGAAAAUAUUCACACAGGAGAAAAGCCUUUCACAUGUACAGAGUGUGGAAAAAGUUUUGCACAAAAGAGUAAUCUGAAAACUCAUGAAAAGAGUCACACAGGAGAAAAGCCUUUCACAUGUACAGAGUGUGGAAAAAGUUUUACACAAAAGAGUGAUCUGAAAUAUCAUGAAAGCAGUCACACAGGGGAAAAACCUUUCACAUGUACAGAGUGUGGAAAAAGUUUUACACAAAAGAGUAAUCUGAAAAGUCAUGAAAGGAUUCACACAGGGGAAAAGCCGUUCACAUGUGCAGGGUGUGGAAAACGUUUUACAGAAAAGAGUAGUCUGACAAACCAUGAAAGGAUUCACACAGGGGAAAAGCCUUUCACAUGUACAGAGUGUGGAAAAAGUUUUGCACAAAAGAGUAAUCUGAAAACUCAUGAAAGGAGUCACACAGGAGAAAAGCCUUUCACAUGUACAGAGUGUGGAAAAAGUUUUACACAAAUGAGUGAUCUGAAAUAUCAUGAAAGCAGUCACACAGGGGAAAAACCUUUCACGUGUACAGAGUGUGGAAAAAGUUUUACACACAAGAGUAAUCUGAAAAGUCAUGAAAGGAUUCACACAGGGGAAAAGCCGUUCACAUGUACAGAGUGUGGAAAAAGUUUUGCACAAAUAAGUAGUCUGAAAUGUCAUGAAAGGAGUCACACAGGGGAAAAGCCUUUCACAUGUACAGAGUGUGGAAAAGGAUUUACAAAAAAGAGACAUCUGAAAAAGCAUGAAUGGAUUCACACAGGGGGAAAGCCUUUCACAUGUACAGAGUGUGACAUUUUUUUUACACAAAAGAGUGACCUGAAAAAGCAUGAAAGGAUUCACACAGGGGAAAAGCCUUUCACAUGUACUGAGUGUGGAAAAAGUUUUACACGAAUGGAUUGUCUGAAAACUCAUGAAAGGAUUCACACAGGGGAAAAGCCGUUCACAUGUACAGGGUGUGGAAAAAGUUUUACAGUAAAGAGUCAUCUGAAAACUCAUGAAAGGAUUCACAAGGGAAGAAACCUUUCACAUGUUUAGAAAGUGGAAAAAAGGUUUUUAUUGAAAUCAGGUAUCACAAACCUCUUUACAAUUAUCCUAAAGAGGACAAACUCUCUAAAUAGAAGCAUCAAAAGAGAUGUUAUUGUAACUAAUACUUUCUAAAUCCCAGUUAUAAAAGACCCAGAUUGGAAGUGCUCUCCUGCUGUCCUUUGUUCCUCUAUAUAUGUGCACCUCAGUUUAUCUCAUAUAAAUGUGAUAGAAUCCAAACACAACACAGGAAUAUAAAAAUCUGUCCUCAUACUGACCAACUUACACAACCAUUCACGA